AUGAGUUCCGAUUUGGUUCUUCAAGAUGAAGCACUGUCAAUUUUGCAGCAACAAUCAGCAACACCACCAGUGAAGAAGACGCUUGCGAAAAGAUCAGCAGCAUCAAGAGACAGACAUACAAAAGUGAACGGAAGAGGGAGAAGAGUGCGAGUACCGGCAAUAUGUGCAGCGAGAAUAUUUCAAUUGACUCGCGAACUAGGUCAUAAAUCUGACGGUGAAACUAUUGAAUGGUUACUUCAUCAUGCCGAAUCAUCGAUCAUUGCUGCUACUGGCACCGGAACUAUUGCUGCGUCUAUUUCUGAAACUUGUUCUGAGUCGAAUCGGCCGAGUCAUCAACUCGGUAAUGGUGGUGGUAACAACUUCUUAGACGAUGUGCAGCACAAGUUUGACUCGUCGUCAGCAGCGUCUUCGCAGCAGUCGGUGUUCCGUUUAGAUUUGUGUCAACCAGUUGGGUUGGAAUACUCUGUUGCUGGUAGUGGUGCUGCCAAUGGUGGUGGUGGUGGUUAUAAUAAUAGACAUAUGCCGUUUACUGCAAUGUUAUUUCAACCUUCAGCUGCUGAAAAUAGUGAAGAUCAUCAUCAACGCCAUCAAGAUGAACAGCGUCAACAGGUUCUUGAAGAGCAUUAG